CUUCCACUCACCCCAAUACGAAAUAUCCGGGCAUUUGGAUGGUACUGUUGACCCUCUCCACAUGCCAUUACUUGGAAGCUACGCAUGUCCGGGUUUCUUUCUGGAUCUGACGUCUUUGAUCUUAAUACCGAAAUGCGAGCUUGAUAAUACUACGACCUGGUAUCCGAGAAUUUAAGGUGUCAAUUCCAUUUACGUUUUGAGAUACAGACCCACGGCAAGAACGUUGAUGACAUCUUUCCGCUUUCCAGAUCUUAGAAUGGGGGAGGCAGGCGCAGACCAGGCAGUGGCUCCUUCCUGUGAACGAUAGGAUUGGGAAACCCUCCUGCUGUGGUAAGUACCUGGUAGUACGAAGCGCUUCUACCAUAUCCCAUCGAGAGAAAUUUCCUUCACUCAAGGUAUGAUGUCGGCUUCCUCCAUCCAAACGUUCUUUCCAAGGGAGGUUUCGACAACGCCUCACAAUGCUUCGAGAGAUAGAGCGGGACCACCGCGAAUCGACGGCUUUACCCAAGCAGAAAUAGAGUCCGGACACCACCCCCUUGACCGGAUUUGGAACCCGUCGGAAGAGUACUUGGAGGUGCGUAUUGGGCAGAUUGAGCCGGGCCCAAAUCGCAUAUGCUUCACUGGCCGCGUCGUCAAUUACACACCGGCUCUCCUCGACUCUAAGAACAACUACAGCCGCCCGGCACAUCAGCUAAUUGUCGUUGAUGGAACCGGUGCAAUAGCAGUCAAGGUCAUCCCAAUCGGGAUUCCAGCAUCACUUCUGGUAAUUGGACAGCUCGUCACCAUAUGGGCGACUUGGGUAGGAAGCACAGGAGGUUCACACCACGCCAGCAUGCCAUAUGUGACCACGUACACGCCUAUCAAUCCGGUGGACGUUGGCACUAGGCAGUUCAUUCAGUUUCUCCCGGACACUGUCGAAAACCAACAACUCUACAGAACGCCUUUGGAAUGCGACCAAGGCAAACAGGACCCCAAGCCACUUCCAGGCUUGAUGACUCUUUGUCAAUACCUCAAGACGGGGCAUGACACUGCAGGGGCUCGAAUUAUUGUCUGCGUCAAAAGUAUUGGAUCUCGGAAACGUGUUGUGACGAAAGACCGCUCGAGAGAGCUGGAACUUCUCGAGAUCACGGUCUGGGACGAUACCGCCCGUUGCGUGUUGACUCUCUGGGAAGACAAGGCCAACUCUGCCAGAUUCUGGAAGCCUAACGAGACAAUGCUACUCUUCACGAGUCCGAAAUUUGUAGCCCCACGGGACAACAAGUCAGCACCGACGAACGCCAGCAUCGGUCUUGGCCGCAAUACCUUGAUUGAUGUCGACCCGGACUUCCAGGACGCCAAGUGGCUUCGACAGUGGGUGGUGAAGAGAGUCAAGAAGGAGAGUGUGUAUAUGCAAUUUCCCAGAGAUAUAUGGAAUGCAGAAGGAGCUGUUCAUGGACCAGUUCAGGCGCUCUUCACCAUGGCCGAAGUGGACGACUUCGCUCGCGCUGACCCGGCUAGUGACUUCACCGGGAAGUUGAACCUCACCAUACUCGGUAUAGACCUGCUGGGUCUUAGUCGCAGAAAGAUGCUUUGCUGCAUAGAGUGUUGUGGAGUUCCCCUAUAUGCAAACCAAACGUCUGCGACAUGCAAUAACUGCUUGCAGGAAAGGCCCCUCGUUCUCAAUCCCCGAAUCAUGGGUAUCCUGGCAGACGAAACAGGCUACGCUGCACAAGGGAAGCUUGUCUGGAGUGACCAGGCUUGGAGUGAGCUCUUCUUCCCCACCAUCGAGUCAAGCGACACGGCGAACGCGGAGCCGGAGGCAGCGGGCGAGUGGACUCCGAAUCUUGGAGGAGCAAAUGCUGUACGCCCGUUUUACUUUGACAUUCGGCUAGUCCCCGUUUGUCGAGCGGCUGUGUGUGCUUGGAGUUGAGUGGUGAGAGGUUCGUAGUUUCCGAGAGUGGCUCAAAAGCGGGGGUUGCAGUUCUGUUUCGUCAUGGUGUUGGUGGUGUAAAGGGGUUGCUCAGCUGGCGAUGAGGGGUUAGGACGAGGAACUCAGAAGACGCGGCCCGCGGAUUGAGGGGGACAUAAGGCAAGGUAGACACGGCGAGGACAUUUGCAUCCUGAUAGUGCUUAUGAUUAGAAGCGGUCUGCAAGUUUGCUUGCUCACUAUUGAUUGCUCACAUUAGGCUGAA